AUGAGCUAUGAGGACCUUAGUGAGGCACGAGCAAAGCGUGCUGCUGCGAAAGAGAAAGCUAUGGAGGCACGAGCGAAGCGUGCUGCUGCGAAAGAAGAGAAAGCUGCGAAAGGCGAGAAAGCUACGGCGGGCAAGGGAAAACGCGGUCGUCCGCGCAAGAAUCUUGCGCCAGAUACGAGUUCGCCAGAGGUGCAGAUGAGCGAAGCGCCAGAGGUGAGCGAAGCGCCAGAGAUGCAGAUGAGCGAUGCGCCAGAGAUGCGGACGAGCGAAGCGCCAGAGCUAUACAGGGACCUAGUGAUGAUAGAUCCACGGAGGGCGCAGGUGACAGAGCCAUGGAGGGCCCCAGUGGCGCGGAUGUAUUAG